UCUUCGGAACGUUUGUUACAAUACAAUAAAUUGUUGCAUUUGAAGUCAUUUAGAAGAAGUAGUCUUACGUCACAGCCUUUAGAAACAGUUUACGUGAUGGUAUAUUACGAGAGCUUAUGCGAAGAUUCUAGAGACUUCUUCACCACACAACUGACCGCCGCGUACGAAUUGUUUGAAGAGUAUUUAGACGUGCGUUUAAUACCAUACGGGAAGGCCACUACGAAAGUUGUAGACACUCCCGAAUAUUAUGCAUUUCGUUGUCAACAUGGCCCCUUAGAAUGCUACGGCAACAAGUUGCAUGCGUGUGCAUUGAAUAUUUUUCCAUCUGAGAAAAAUGCACAUGUGUUUAACGCAUGUCUAAUGGAUUACGACCAUUCGGGCCGAGGCUCAGACGAUACAGCUGCGGAUAAGUGCGGCAGAGCAUUAGCUUUAAACGUCAAAACAAUCAAACAAUGUGCGAGCAACAACACAGGGACUUUCUUGCACAAUUAUUACGGACAGCGGACGAGGAUGACGAAAUUUUCAUACGUACCACAUAUCCUGAUCAAUGGAGUACGAAGUAAUGGUACCAAUUUGAUAGGUGACAUUUGUGCUAUCCUUAAAACACCUCCAACCGAGUGUAAAAUAUUCAAAUCGUGAAUUUCAACUGUCGUAAUGUACAUAUAAGAUCAUUAUUUUUAUCUAUGUUUGUUUUAAAAUGUAUAAAAGUGAUUAUAGUUGUAUAACAAGUGUUACGACACUCGAGACUCGCCGUAAAAGAAUUGCCUAAUCUAAAACAUUCAAAGUUACAGUACAACAGUGUCGCAUAUAA